GACUUUCAUACAGAUAACUAACUAACUGCUCAAAGCUAACUCACCUCUGUCUGUCUGAUAUUAGUUCAUAACAGGCUGGUUUUGUAUUUAAAAUGCUCAGGGUUUCGCUCGAAGGCAGACAGGACUAACUAACAGAGACGGUAUCUGGUAGGUUGCCAGAUUAAGGUGUGUUUCCUGCCCAAAUGAAAGCAAGUCAAUGAGGUACAGAGCAAGCUGUGUCCUACCAAGGAGCUAUGGAACUUGCUUCUACCUUCUCAAAGUCCCUGGCAGAGUCCAGUGGAACAUCUCCAUCAACAGAACCUACUGUUCCCCGAAGCAGAACCCAGAGGACAAGGCUGAUAAGGCCGUGUCGUCUCAGGACCGUGCCUCGGCCGCCCUGAAGAAUGUGGCAAAGCUUGGGAAACAGUGGGGACAGAAUUCUGUGAGGACCAUGAGCACUACCGUCAAUUACUGGUGGGCGAAGUACGAGGAGUUUGUGGGUCUCAAUGAAGUUCGAGAUGCUCAGAGCAAAGUUACAGAGGCAGAGAAGGCGUUCAUGGUAGCCAGAGGAAUGGUCCGUGAGGCUCACGUCAGUUUGGAGGCUCUUCAAGUUAGAUUGAAGGAAGUCAGAGAUCGCCUGGACCGUGUAUCACGAGAGGAGGCACAUUAUCUAGAACUGGCAACACUGGAACACAAGCUACUGCAGGAAGAGCGUCGUCUGAAAACAACCUACGAGAAUGCGGAGGAGUGCGAACGAGAGAAAUUUGCGCUCUUCUCGGCUGGUGUGCGAGAGAGCCACGAGAAGGAGCGAUCUCGGGCCGAGCGAACCAAGAACUGGUCCGUAAUUGGUUCGGUGCUGGGUGCCAUCAUUGGGGUAAUGGGGUCCACUUACGUAAACCGGGUACGCCUUCAAGAACUGAAAGGCCUGCUGCUAGAAGCUCAGAAGGGACCGGCGAGUCUACAGGAAGCUAUCAAGAUCCAAGCCAGUUUACACAAGAACCAGCAGGAGGAACUCCGUGGCCUCAUAGAUACGUUUAGGGCAGCUGUGAAAGGUGGAGGAGUCGAGGCACAAAAAGUCAAGCCAAGGUCCGUCUUAGUGCCAGCAGCAGUGCCCGUUUCAACCCCUCCGUCUACACACGGUGCCUCAGAAGAAGCCGUGAAGGAGAUCCUCCUCCACAGCCAGAAAGCUCAGGCUCUCAUGGAAGAUCUCAAGCCCCAGCUGCAUCAGCUGGAGCAGAGCGUGGGGAAGGUGGCGACAGAGCUUCACGCCGUGAGGAAAUCUGUGUUGAAUCGUCCUGUUGAGAAGCCAGUCAUUCAGACUAAAGAUACGCAGCUGCUGGUGUGUGAUACAGAGAGCAUCAUCCAGGGACUGGACCAGACGGAGAAGAGACUGGAGGCUCAGAUCAAUAAGACUACUCUGUACACCACAGUUCUGACCUACACUGCUUUUGCUUUAACUAUGCCAGUGCUGUACGUCAUCUUUAAAGCUUCAUAAUAGGGUACAGGGUACUGGAUACUAGUGUAGGUAGAUCGUGUGCAGUUAAGGGGCCAAUGACCGACAAGAAUAACCUCAGAUUUUAUAGGAGACCAUUGGAAUUAUAUCAUGGCUUAAUGCACUGAUGGAUAAACACUGAUUAAAAUGUUCUAAAUGA